GGGAAGGCCAUUGCUGUGCCGAAUAUGACAUCCACAAAGAGCUGGGGUAAUGAUAAGCACCUUGCCUCUCGACCGGGAUUUGCCAAUGACCGCAGCUUGCUUUAUCUUGGAUAUCAUACGCCAUGUCAGCUCUGUGACGAAAUUGACUAAGUACUAACAGAUAAACUCUGCAGUGAUAGCUACCAGUUACCAUUACCAUGUCUCGGGACGAGAUUCGGAAUAGGUACCUAGUUGUAAUUAUAAAAAUUAGAUAUAUGAUGGAGCCUCCACCAACGUGGAUGGUUACACGUACCUAGUCUCUCUUGUCUUUAAAGGCAAUAUUUAGAGACACAUCGUCUCUACUUCCAUAGACGUCACUACCUAAACUACCUAACUAGAUGGCUUAAUAAGAUAAUAAAUAUCUAACCUAAAGUAUCAAUUAAAGCUGUCUGUCAUUCACGAUUACGCCUCCCGAUGCGAUUACAGCAAUGCGUUCGUUUGCGUUUCGACAGCGGGGCCGGGCUCUCGGGGAGAAGACCCGAGCUCGGCUGACGGAUUGGCACAGCUGGGAACUGCCGAAGCAGACGAGCAGUAUUGCUCCGUCUCACAUAUGGACGAAUGCCGAUCAAGAUCCGGUUCCGCAGGAGAAGCAGACUUGGACCAAGUGGGCGUUCAUCGGGUAUUGGUACUCUGACCUGGUGACUAUCUCCACGUGGAGCGCUGCGAGCGCUAUCAUGACGACCGGCUUGGCGGCUACGGAUGCGGUUCUUAUUGUCCUCGUCGCGGCUAUAUGCAAUGCAAUUCCGACGGUCUUAAACGGUGCCAUCGGAGCCGACCUACACAUCCCCUUCCCUAUCGCCUGCCGGGCCAGCUACGGCUACUGGCUGAGCUACUUCUGCGUCGUGACGCGAGCGAUCCUCGCGCUGUUCUGGUUCGGCGUCCAGAGCGCCAACGGAGGCACCUGCGUGACGGCCAUCAUCACCGCCGUCUGGCCGAGCUACGCGCGGCUUCCCAACACGUUGCCCGCGUCGGCGGGCACCACGAGCAAGGCGCUGCUGAGCUACUUCAUAUACUGGUGCAUCCAGUUCCCCCUGCUGAUGAUCCCCUCGCAUAGGCUGCAGUACCUGUUCUGGGUUAAGACCGUGCUGGUCACGCCCAUGGCCUUGGCGAUGGUCAUCUGGAUCACCGUGAAGGCCGGCGGUCGGGGCGACUUCUUCUUCGCGCCGGCGACUGUGUCCGGGUCUGCGAGGGCAUGGCUUUGGCUGUCGAACCUAACCAGCGUAACAGGCGGCUACUCCACCCUCGCCGUCAACAUCCCCGACUUCUCGCGCUUCAGCCGGACCCGCGUCGCCCAGCUCUGGCAGCUGCCCUUCAUCCCGCUAUUCAAGACGCUCGUCGGCGUGUUCGGCAUCGUAUCGGCCAGCGCCUCCAAGCAGGUCUUCGGCGUCGUAUACUGGUCGCCCCUGGAGAUCAUCGAACGCUGGCAAUCCUCGCCCGGCGGGCGGGCGGCCGCCUUCCUCGCGGCCGCCGUCUGGCUGCUCGCGCAGGUGUCGGUCAACAUCAGCGCCAACGGCAUCUCGUUCGCCAACGACGUGGCCUCGCUCGCCCCGCGGUACUUGAACAUCCGCCGCGGCGUCGUGCUCGUCGCGCUCCUCGGUGGCUGGGCCAUGUGCCCGUGGAUCAUCGUCGCGUCCGCCGGCGCGUUCCUUAGUUUCAUGAGCGCGUACGCGGUGUUCAUGGCGCCGGUCGCGGGCGUGCUCGUCGCCGACUAUUGGCUGGUUAAGAAGCGGCGGUACGACGUGCCCGCGCUGUACGAUCCGCGGGGGAUUUACAGGUAUAACAAGGCAGGACAGGCAGGAGGGGCAGGAGGGGCAGGAGGGAUAGGAGCAGGGGCGGAGAUUGGGAUAGCGGGAGUCAACUGGCGCGCGCUGGUGCCCACGCUCGUGGUCAUCGUCCCGCUGCUCCCCGCGCUGGCGAAGAAGGUCGCGCCGGGGAGCGUGCGGAUCAGCAAGGGGCUCGAGAACCUGUUUGCGUUCAAUUGGCUGUACGGGUUCUCCGUCGCGCUGGGGAUGUACUACGCGCUGAACUGGCUCUUCCCGCAUCGGGAGACGCUGAUACCGGAGGUUGUGCCGGGGGUAGUUCCGGUUUUGCGCGCGGUGGAUGUGGAUGCGGAUGUGGAGAGUGGUUUGGCUGCGGAUGAGAAGAUGAGAGGGGCGGUGAAGGAAGAGCAGAGAUAGCCAUAUUUUAGUUAGAUAUCAGGGACUAUGUUUAUUUACUAAUAUUAGGUAGAUACUUAGUAUUCAAAAGGAGGUGUUAUACAUAUCGUAGAAAGAUAACCAAGAGCUAGAAAUUAUUAACCCUAUUUCUAAA